AUGAUGGAGAGCAUUCAAUUCUACAAACCUUUGAACAGCUCAGUGACUCAGGCUCGGGUUUUACUUGUUGGACCUGUUGGAGUUGGAAAGUCCAGCUUCUUCAACUCCAUCAACUCCGUUUUUAGAGGUCAUGUCACCAGUCAGGCCAUUUCUGGAAGCUCCUCCACCAGCCUGACAACACAGUUCAGAACAUUCUCCGUGAAGGCUGGAAGAGAAGGUAAACCUCUGCCACUCAUCCUGUGUGACACCAUGGGACUGGAGGAAGGCGUAGGGGCGGGACCUGUUAUAGAUGACAUCAGCAAUAUUCUUAAAGGUCAUCUGCCUGACCGUUACCAGUUCAACCCCACUGGUCCUCUGCAAUCAGAGGCUCACGGUUUCUGCAAGAGUCCAGAUCUCAAAGACAAGAUCCACUGUGUGACUUAUGUCCUGGACGCCAGCAAGAUCUCCAUCAUGUCCACAAAGAUAGAGGAGAAGCUGAAAGCUAUCCGUAGGACAGUCAACUUGAUGGGGAUUCCUCAGCUGUUGUUGCUCACUAAAGUAGAUGAAGCCUGCGCUCUGGUGAGAGAAGAUGUCAGAAAUGUCUACCGGAGUGGCUACAUUAAAGAACUGAUGCAGGAGGCCGCCGCUCGGGUCGGUGUACCUUUGUCCUGCAUCAUUCCAGUGAAGAACUACAGUGAGGAGCUGGAAUUGGACACAAACACCGACAUCCUGCUGCUCAGUGCGGUCGUUCAGAUGCUUCGCUUUGUGGAUAACUUCUUUGAUGAGAUCAGUGAUCAGCUGAGCAGUCUCACAACUGGGAAGUGAAGCUUUGGCGGAAUUUCAAUCAGGAAGAUUUACUUCCUCCAGGCAUGUAGGGUGUUUAUCGUCACUCUUCACGUCAUCAAUUAGUAUGCACUGGGAGCCAAUAGCUGAAGUACUCACUUUAUUCACAGCCAAUCACAAUCAAACUUCUGCGUUUAAAUUCAGUAAAGUUUUUUUUUUUUUUACGCAUUCCAGACAUUGCGCCGGCCCACCACCAUCCCAUUCCCUUCCUAGCUCUUCGAUUAGCGCGGUCCUGCCUACCCACCAUCAGCGUCUGGGCUCUGGGUCUCUUCAUCUGGUCCAAGAGUUCCUCACUUCCUCCAACUCAUAAACCUCUGCUUUGAAUGGAGGAUCACUUUACUUGGCCCAAGGUCUUCAUUAGCAAGCAAGAUUUCUCCAGACCAGAGACCAACCACCAAGACUUUUAUUUUCAAGCUAAAUGUUUCACAAAUAUCUUCACAAUUAAAUCUUUCAAUUCCACUUUCGAGUUCUCUCUUUAUUGAAGUAAUCAUCUCUCAGAUCCUUCCUUGUUGUACAAGAACCCAAAAAGUGCAGAUAACUCAUCAGGACUUAUGGUCACUCAAAAUAGAUAAUAAAAAACAUAUUUUAUCAUCCAAGCUGUAUGACAAAAUAUAGAAGUAUAUUGUCUCUAUCUGACAAAGAGACUAUUAUUCACGUUUUUAUUUCUUCUAGUUUAGAUUACUGUAACUCUCUUUUUACCUGUUUUAACAAACGUUUACUGAACCGUCUUCAGCUUGUCCAAAACUCUGCAGCAAGUCCACUACUGUCUGCUUCACAUUGGUUACCUAUUAAAUUUCAAAUUGAUUUUAAAAUGUUACCAUAACUUUUUAGAGCCUUGCAUGGUACAGCAUACAUUUCUGACCUUUUAACCCCAUACUCUUCAGCCCAG